CGCCUCUCUCUGUCUCUCCAAACCCAGUCGGCGUCUUCCUCACACAGUUCCUCAACUCUGUCCAAAUCUCCACUCUCUUUUUUUCAUUUAGACAAAGAGAGAGAUAGACCAUAGAUACAAUUACACAAAAAGAGAGAGAAAUCUAUGGAUUCAGAUCAGGGAAAGCUAUUCAUUGGAGGGAUUUCUUGGGAAACCUCGGAGGAUAAGCUGACGGACUAUUUUGGGAACUACGGUGAGGUCUUGCAGGCUGUGGUGAUGAAAGAUAAGAUCUCUGGGAGACCGAGAGGUUUUGGUUUUGUGGUCUUUGCAGAUCCAUCGGUUCUCGAUCGGGUUCUUCAGGACACGCACAACAUAGAUGGUCGGACGGUUGAGGUUAAGAGGGCCUUAUCAAGGGAGGAACAACAGACCUCUAAAACUUCAAACUUCAAUACUGCUAGAAACCAUGGAGGUAGUGGAAAUAUCAGGACGAAGAAGAUAUUUGUUGGCGGAUUGCCUGCCACUUUGACUGAGGAAGGGUUUCGUCAGUAUUUUGAAGCUUAUGGUGAGGUAGUUGAUGUAGUAGUCAUGUAUGACCAGCAUACCAACCGACCUCGUGGUUUUGGAUUUAUUUCCUUUGACUCUGAAGAUGCUGUUGAUAGGGUUUUACACAAAACGUUUCAUGAUAUAAAUGGCAAGCAAGUGGAAGUGAAGCGCGCUCUUCCUAAGGAUUCCCACUCUGGUGGGGGUAGUCGAUCAAUGGGUGGUGGUGGUGGAAGUUAUCAAGGAUAUGGUGCUUCUGGUGGCAAUUCAAGUUCUUAUGAUGGUCGAAUGGAUUCCAAUAAGUACAACAUGCAGUCUCAAAAUACUGGAGGUGGGUUUCCAUCGUAUGGUUCUUCUGGGUAUAGCACUCCUGGUUAUGGAUAUGCUCCUGCUAACAACGGGGUUGGUUAUGGUGGCUAUGGAAAUUAUGCUGGUGCCAAUCCUGGGUAUGGUGGCCCUGCUGGUGUAGCCUAUGGAAACCCCAAUGUCCCUAAUGCUGCUUAUGGAAGCGGUCCACCAGGUGCACAAACAUCAUGGAACUCUCAGGCUCCCUCUGGAUUUGGUAGUGCAGGCUAUGGGAAUAGUCCUUGGGGUGCUCAUAACGCCAGCAGUGGUGGUCCUGGUAGUGGUGCACCUGUUUCAGCAUCUACUGGUCAGUCUCCAAGUGGAGCUACUGGGUAUGGGAAUCAAGGAUAUGGUUAUGGUGGGUAUGGUGGAAGUGAUGGGUCUUAUGGAAACCCAGCCGCAUAUGGAGGGCGUGCCCAGAAUACCAAUGCUUCUGCUGGAGGUGGUGCUGGGGGAGAGCUACAAGCAAGUGCCGGAGGCUAUAUGGGAGGUAGCUAUGGUGAUGCCACUGGGAAUUCAGGGUAUGGAAAUCAAGGAUGGAGAUCUGACCCCUCACAAGCCUCUGGAAAUUAUGGGGCUCAGGCAAAUGGUCCUCAUGGUGGACAAGUCGGAUAUGGAGGUGGGUAUGGUGGUACUCCCAUCCGACAGGCUCAACCACAGUGAUCUUGAUGACUUGAUCCCCUCUGGGAUUUCAGCUUUGUUUUGAGGACAUGCAGUUGAUGCUUCCUCAGAACAAUGGGGCUCUUGCAGGAUUUCAUGCGUACAGCGGGACUGGUUGGAUUGCUUGAAUCCCAGUAGUUUGCAGUAUUUAUUGCUUGAAUCCCAGUAGUAUGCAGUAUCUAUUUUGGUAGUCAGUAAUAAGUAACCUUUUGAAGAGUAGAGUUGCCUCUGCUUUACUGUUUGCUAUGAGUGUUGUUUCUAAAUUCAGCUUGCUUGUGUCUACUAAUUGAUCUGGAGUGUUUUGAGAUCGUACUGUUUUAGAUAUGGUAGCUUAGAUCGAACUUUAAUAUGUUAAUUUAGUUUCUUUUUGAGUGUUUUGGUAAUGAUGUGAAAUUAACCUUAAUCUUUGGCCGCCUGUAGCAGGACUCAGAUAGUAUUGGAAGCUUCAUGUUGGUAUCUAUUUUUGAUGACAACAAUCAGUUUGUUGCUCUUCACUUUUUUCUUCAGUAUAUAGUAUGAUGUAGUAAUCUGUACAUGUAGUGGGGCUUCUUUCUAAUACGAGCGGAGCUGUAGGACAGUUGGGUUGAUCGGUUCGUUAUGCAUAGCGAUAAACAUAGCGGAGAGAUGCUUGAGUUCUAAGUGAAGUAUCCACACACACUGGGCUACACAACAAGCUUCAUGCUGAGGAUUAUGUGGAAUGGAACUUAAGAGGUGCGGGUUGGACAAGUUUACAUCAUGCAUUAGCCUGAGACUGGUCAAAGCUGAAGCCAGGCCAUGCUGAUGCUGUCAAACUGCAAUGUUAUUUAUUAUCUUCACUAAGGUUGUGGUGGGAUGUGUUUUCAAGCCGAACAGCCUGUGGUACGUCAAUUAGAGCAGUUUGACAAAAUUUCACCUCAUACUAUCAAUAUAACCUAGUUAUUUAGGCUGCUUAACAGUUUUUCGAAGUAGAGUUGAAUAUUUGAUCCAUAAGUUAUUAAUGGUCUAAGUACACUGUCAAAAGUACCAUUAUAUAGUCCCCUUUACCUUGGAAAUAUUUUCCAAAUUUCAGGGUGUACGGAGAAAUGACUUCCUGUUGUAUACAUAUAAGAAGCUUGUCGGGAAAUGGGCCAAAGUGUACAUUGUCUUCGCUCCUCUAUAACUGCC